CAGCUUUACAUUGUUAUGGGUUUCUGUGAGGGAGGAGACCUGUACCAUCGACUGAAGCAGCAGAAGGGCGAGCUGCUGCCCGAACGACAAGUGGUGGAAUGGUUUGUUCAGAUCGCCAUGGCACUACAGUAUUUACAUGAAAAACACAUCUUGCACCGAGAUCUAAAAACUCAGAACAUUUUCCUGACCAAGACCAACAUUAUCAAAGUGGGCGACCUGGGUAUUGCACGAGUGCUGGAGAAUCAGAACGACAUGGCCAGUACGCUGAUCGGAACUCCGUACUACAUGAGCCCGGAACUCUUCUCUAAUAAACCCUACAACUACAAGUCAGAUGUUUGGGCGCUGGGCUGCUGUGUGUACGAGAUGGCGACUCUGAAACAUGCCUUCAAUGCUAAAGACAUGAAUUCACUGGUAUAUCGCAUCAUUGAGGGAAAGUUGCCACAGAUGCCGGGUAAGUACGACCCUCAGCUGGGAGAGCUGAUCAAGCGGAUGCUUUGUAAGAAACCGGACGACAGACCUGACGUCAAACACAUUCUGCGCCAGCCCUACAUUAAACAGCAGAUCACCGUAUUUCUGGAGGCCACCAAAGAAAAAACAGCCAAAUCCAGAAAAAAGGUGAACAGCAGACCAAACGUUGGCGUUCCCGACCUGCUUGUUCAUCAGAAGCAGGAGGAUCCACCAAACUGUGUCAGUGUGGAAGCAAAACCCAGAAGAAAGAAGUCAGAAGAAAACUCCAAUCAACACAAGCUGCACAAUGGCAUCAAGGACAAUAUUCUCACCCUAGACACACCUUUGCCCCCUAAAUCCCCGAACCAGGACAUCCAGCCAUCGACAGGUCAGUCCAUAGCGACCAUCAGCAAUAUCAACUUCGAUCUCCAGUGUCAGGAACCCAAAGACAAGCACAGGAAAGCCAAACCUCCUCGACCUGCACCUUCACCCACCAAACGCAGAGAGAAAGACGAUAUUGCUGCUCCUCAACCGCACCCCAGAAACCAGGUUUCAGGUGUCCAUAGAGAAGAAGUCCGGCAAAACCCCAGAGAAAAACUGGAAUCUCAAAAAGGCAGCAAGGAUCUGAUUGUGAACAUGGCUGUGGAAGAGGAUACUCUGAAACUGCUGCAGCAAGCGGCGAUCGAAGAUGUAAAGACAGAGGACCAGGUGACUACAGAGGACAAGGAGGACAGGAAAACAGUGGACGUCCUUGCAGAAUGUCACACAGGAGACCGAGGGAAGAGUCUGGAUUCAACCGAUAAGCUCCUCGAACCGUUUAUUCCAGUCAUUCCAGAGGAACCUCACAAUCCGCCUAGCAGUCCAGAUCUGGACGCUCCUGUGCUCCAGCACAGUAAACCACCUUUUCAUCCCGCUUCCUCUUCCUCCGAGCCGUCCAUGUCUCGUCAGCGCAGACAGAGAAAGAAGGACUCAGUCCAGGAUGAGAGCAAAGCGAAUCUGAGGCCUCUUCCUCCCCUUCCUAAAAAUCUGUCAUUAAAAAUAAAGGAAAAAGCUGAAGGUGGAGCUGAUGUGGCCAAACAUCCUACACUCGCCCCGUCUGUUACCUCCCCGGCUGAUGAAUCUGCACCACAGAAUCGGCCUCUGUCAGCCCGGGAGAGGAGACGGCUGAGACAGUCACGAGAAAACCACAGUGAGACAGCAGCUCCUGCUGUCAGGAGGGCGUCGUGUGAUGUUGCCUCAUUAGGUGCCAAGCAAGCUGACCAACCUGACUGCCCAAGACCUGCCAGUGUAGCCGCUGUACCACACAAGGAGAGGAAAUCUUCAUGGCGGCAGUCGGACGAGGAGGAGUGCAGCUCGUCCACCAGUUCUACAGAGCGCUCCGAGGGAGAAUACAGAGAGGGUAAAAGUGAGACCUGUGAGAUGCAGGAUCUGGUCCAGAUGAUGACACAGACGUUACGAAUGGAUGCCAAGGACGUGCUGGGGGAGCAGGAAGGCUCACGGUGCAACUCGUCUCUGCUGCCCGAGUUCAAACUGAACAAAAAGUACAGAGACACGUUGGUGCUUCAUGGCAAGACCAGAGAGGGAGCGGGCGACUUCCGUCUCAGCAGUGUCCUCUCAGACGACUCUUCAGGACCAGCGAAGGUCAGGAGAGCAGUUGAACACUUGCGCACUGAUGUGGUUAAAGGACUCGGAGUAAAACUGCUGGAUAAAGUGCUGGACAUCAUGCAAGAGGAGGACGAGGACAAGCGAGAGGUCCUGUUACGGCAGCAGAUGGGAGAAGAAAAGUACAAAAUGUAUGCUGUUAUGGUGCGACAGUUAAAAUUCUUUGAGGACGUCGCAUUUAAAGACUGAGAUGACGUGAUAAACAGCACUCCAAACACUGAUUAACACCUCUGCUAAUACUAGUGACUACUAUUUCUUGUGGACUCACAUUGAAGCCUUUCUUUUUUAUUUAAGCAUUUCCCCCCUUUCUCCCAGUCUAGUCGUAUCCAGUCACCCAGCUUUAUCUCCUCUACUGCUGCAGACCCCUUCUUCUGACCGUGAAGGGCCGUACCUAACACACGCCGCCUCUGACAAAUGUGCAGGUGCCAACCGCUUCUUUUCACCUGCAUGAGCCGGGUUCACACAGGGAUCAGUAUUGCGUACGGAGAGUCAUGCACUGAUCUUUAACAUUCCCCGUCUCUAUGCAGGCACCAUAGACCAGCCAGUAGAAGCUGUAAUUGCAGCAGCAAUGAGAAAUCCCAUCGGCCACUCUCCACUCGGGCAUAAUCGAUCAUGUCGGGCUGGCCGAAAUGAGAUUCAAACUCAGGAGCUCGAAAUCUCAACACUGGUGGACUAGCGAGCACCUUCUGAAGCCUUUCUAAACAUGAAUUAAGAACACUCACUGUGAUAUAUGCAAUCGAUCUGUCUGUUUAAUUUUUCAAUGUGUUUUGCAGUUGACAAUAAGUUUGUAAAGUUCUGAUCAGUUUUAUAAUUAAACUAAAAAGUAUAAUAGAUAAUCAAAAGUUUAUUCACUAUGUUUUCUACUGUCCACAUUUUGUACAUUAAG